AUGGCGGACGAAGGAGAAGAUUGGGGUGGCGAACAUCAGGUGAAAAAUUAUCGCAGUUUUACUAAGGGUUAUCUCAAUCUGUCGUGUCUAAACCGUUAGCAAAAAACUUUACUGUUUAUUUGUCGUGGCAAUAUUAUGAUAUGUCUUUUUUUGUCUCUUAUUUUGCUUUAGUUUACCUUCAUUACAACCAUACAUGUGUAAUCAUCAUGUGAUGUAAACAUGACAGGGUUUUAGCUCCCUUCGCAUUUUUGAAUAAUAUUCUUCUCUUGAUCAGUAUGUUACUAUUAUAAAAUUGACAGAAAAUGUUUUAUUUUGGGGGUUUAUGUGGCUGCAGUGCUUAUGUUUCCAAAAAAAUAUAGGAAUACUGAACUGGAUAUAUGAGUUUUCAGUUGUCAUGAAAAAAUAGUAAUAAUAGGUGGAACUUAGACUAUAUCCAGACUCGGCGGGACUGGGAUAACUACAUGUGGAAUAUGAUCAUCCAGGUGAUGUUUUGACAACCAGUGUAGGAGUGAUCUUUAGAGUCAAAGCGAGUUUAAUACCAUCAAUGGACAAGAUACAAAUCACUUUGACUCUGAAGUUGACUACCACACAGGGCUGGGUUGUUCAAAGUGGGAUUAAGUUAACCCAGGAUUACAGCGAAAUUUGAAUUCAGUUAUGGUAGCUUGAAAGGAAAAUUCAGUUUAAUUUUUUUUGUUAACAAUUUGAUGACUGGACGCUCCAAAAGGAAUAGAGAAAAUUAUCUGAGGAAAUGCUUUUAAACAAAAGAAAAAGAAAUCCGGGUUAAAAUUUAACCGCGAGUGAGCGCUAAUCAGCCUUCAAACAACUGGGCCCAGGUUAUCAAAAUGUCCCUCAGUCUUUUGACAAUAUGUCAACAAGAGUCAUUUUCAGGACAAUUUUACUUGGACAAUCAUAUUCCACUGACUUUGACAUGACUUCUAGAUUCAACUAUUCGCUAGCUAUAAAGCAUGGGAAUGAGGAAAUGAUAUAACAAUUAUCUUCUCUUUCUCUCACUCUCAAUGUUCCCUAGAUAUUUUGCCAGAAAUGGGCAUUGAAAACUUUCAAUUUUACAAUAAAAAUUUCAAAUAGACCACAAUAUUAUUUUCCUUGGUCUGUUAGUCUUGACUUGAAAUUUGAACUUUGUAUUAUGUCAUUUUUGUGAUCUACAAGAAUAUAGUUAGUGAAAAGUUGUCAUAUUUGUUAAUUACUUUACCGUAAUACAUUAUUAUUAUUAUAUUACUUACCUUGCUUUUUUGUGCUCCAUUGGCAUAAGGCCUCACGUAAUAACCUUUCAGAACUUUUCCUUCAAAACUUAAGGCAUUAUCUUUCUUAUCUUUAGCUUGUCUCCUUACUUCCUUCAUGCAGUGAUCAACUUUAUGAAGCAGGUGAGUUAUGUUGUUCAAGUCUUUGUUUUUAGAAUGAGUUGGUUUAAACUGUGUACACACAAACUAUGAGUUGUCUUGUAGUAUUAAUUAAGGAGAAAAACAUUCUUUGCUUGAUUUUGCUUGAACUAUUGUGAAAUUUUGCAAUCCAUGAAUCCUAUAGCCUGCACCAGAGACAGAGCUAAUCUUCUGGUUAAGUCCAUCUGUGAAACAGCACCAAAAUCCUUGUUCUGUUUCCCCAACUGUGUAACAAAGAUAUUGGCACUACUUCGCAGACUUGCCUAACUGGGGUUAGAUUACAUGUACAUCUGCAACACAGGCUAUGGAUCUUACAGCACUGUCCAAAGUAUUAAGUGACUGUUAUGUACAUAGAGGAGUUACUCUUUUUCUGUUUUAGGUGAAAAUACAGAUGUCAAGUCUGAGCCAGCUAGCCCUGAUGAAGAUUCAUCCAGAGCACAGUUUGGUAAGCAAUGUGUACAUUGUAGGUCACAUCCUCGCAUCUUGGUUGCGCCUGUGAGGCAUAGGCAGUGCUUCAGGCUACGACUGUUUUGGUCACCACUAGUGUGGCACCCCUAUGUUCAGAUCAUGUGUCAAGCUGUAGGGAAUUAAUGAGAGGCGGGUGGGGGAGGGGGGUAUUUGAGGGGGGCUUAAUAAAGGAUUUUUGGUAUAUCAACCAAAAUCAUAGUUUGUUCAUAGUUAUCUUUGAAAAAAGCUUUGCUUGCAGCUUUGCAGUGCUAUGGGAACAAUGCAUAAGUGUUGCUAGACUAUUCUUCAUCAGUGUCGAAAUCUCCAUCCACUUCUGAACAAGUUGUGAUGAUCAUAUCUUCCCAAGAAUGGAAAGAUUUAUAUUGAGAGAUGCAAACUUCUUUUAGCGAACUAAAUAAUGUUGUUAUCCAUGUAUGUUUUAGUGGAUUCUCAAGAUGAAGAAAAUGAUGUCUUUGUUGCUAAAGAACAGAGGCGUUUUGCACACAGUGCAGCUGAACAAAAACGACGGGAUGCGAUAAGAGUAAGUGGUUAUCAUAACUAAUUCUUGUAGGUUUAACAAAUUUCAAUACUUCUUUGAGUUUGGAAGAGCCAGGGUGGGAUCAUCUCAAAGAGGUAAAUUAAAAAUCUAGACUUCCUAUAGAAGUUUCUCUCAGUUUCUCAAAGUCUUGAGUUUGAUGUCACGUGAAUAAUUAUUACAGUGUAGAUGUAGCCACAAUAAUUAUUGUUUGUUUUCUUUCAUUAAUUUGUAGAAAGGAUAUGACGACCUUCAAACGAUUGUACCAACUUGUCACCAACCAAACACUGCACCAGCCAUGCAGAAGUUGAGCAAAGCCAUUAUUUUACAGAAAUGUAAGCAGCACAAGGUGUCUCUUUUCAUUUCCCCUUUUCUGCCCUGAUCUCUUGGCCAAUUUUCAAACAACAACAACAACAACAACAACAACAACAACAACAACAAUAUAUAAAACAUGUGUAUUGCUCCAAAUGUCGUAACAGAACCAGAUGCCAUGUAAAAUGUUAAGAGAUUGAAAGUGAAAGCUAGGAUGAUAUUUAUUCAUGUUCUGCAAAAGACCCUGAAAAAAUGUCAGUAAAAAAUUGUUAUAACGGUCGGGAAAAAUCAGGUGAAAAACUCGGGGAGUCUGUUUUGCUUUUCAGUUGCACCCCAGUCAAUAAUUUAACACAGGUUGCACCUCGGUCACUUACAAACAAACAAGGCUGCAAAUCAGAACUGUAGCUUGCUCUUCAGGUUAUUAUUUAUUAAUUACACCAUUAGCUAAGUAAUAUCACCUGCUUUAUUCAUCUUGAUAUUGACAAUUGUUAUUGUAAUGAUGUAGUACUAAAAAUUAUUACAUGUAUUUCAUUUAGUGAGUUCAGCUUGAAAAACAGCAUUCAAUCCACAUGAAAUUAUUAGGAACUUAAACGUUUGUGUCGUGGUACUUCUGCCGAGUGAAUUCCCCCUAAAAGCUUCCCUUUCCUGAUAGGCAAGUUAAGAACAAAAUUCACAAGCCUGAUAGCAAAAUCCACCAACCCUUGGCUAUCAAACAUGACUUUCUAAUCUUUGCACGUUGUGACUGUAUGUUUACUACUGUUGUCCUUUCCUGCAGCAAUUGAGUACAUCAUAUUCCUGCACCAGCAGAAGAAAAAACAGGAAGAAGAGUUAGAAGCACUGAGGAAGGAAGUCAUGGCUCUAAAAAUCAUGAAGACGUAAGACAACAGUAUACGUUGUGCCUUUCAUAAUAACUUAAUACUUUAGACAGCAUGAAAAUAGCUUGAGAAAACAGCCAACAUUUUGCAAGGCUACCAAUGGUUUUGUUCGCAAAGUGACCUGAGUACCAAGUCCAUCUAGGUAGAGAGGCUGCCAUCAUUUCACAAGGAAACCAGUACUGUGGCCUCAUGAAAUGUUGGCUGUUUUCUGAGGCUAACAUGAAAGUAAAAUACAGAGGAUGGUAUAGUCAUUCUGUGAUUUCAAAGCUAUCAAUUUCAUUAUCUUUUGUGGUUACUCCUUUGAGUGUUAGUGUUACCAAUGUAGAUAAUUUUGAACUUUAGCCACUAGGGAAAAGGAAUAUUAUUGCACAACAAAGUUGAUGUUGACAGAAUCUGUCAAACCAUUUUUGUCUUUUAAUUAAUAAAUAUUUUACUUCUUGCCAGAUGAUUCUUUUACCGUGUGUAAAUAAUGUUGUCAUUGUUGGAACACAUUUCAUGUGACAAUGAUAAUCAUUAUCCUCAAGAUAUCUAAUAUAAAAUGAAGUUACACUCAUUCAAGAGAUCGGACUUAUGUAAGUUAAUCUGAGGUACUCACUUUAGUUUCCUUUAUUUAUAGAAAUUAUGAGCAAAUAGCCAAGGCCCAUCAAAACCAGGUAAAUGGUUUGUUGUAAUAGACUGUAAAGUGUGUAGUGGUAAGGCUGACUGACUCUAUAGAGAAAAAGCAUUUUUGAUUUGUUAACAGACUGUUUGUGAAUACUGUAGACUUCCAAGACAAAUGGACCAUUCUCAGUUCAUGUUUACUUACUCAUGAUCAAGAGCUCUGAUUGGUUGAGAUGUAGUAUUAUAAUUUUCAUGACUCUGAGCUAUUAAUUGUUUACAAAAUGAUAGACAAAGGGUCACCUUGGUACAUGGUGCUGAAUCUACCGAGAAACCCUCGUUUCAUAGGAAUAUGGAAUAAAAGUAGUGCUUUACAAGAGGCAUUUCAGUUUUGCCCGCACCAAAUUCACAACAGACCUAAAACUUUUAUGAUAAUCAAUAAGGAAAACAGAAACUUGCCCAAAUAAUGUACACCUGGAACACCGUGACUUACAGAUUAAGUUUGUAAGCAUUGAUUUAGAAUUACAUCUGAUCAUCAGUAUGGACUGUUUGAGGCCAAGAGGGAGAUGUCUUUCCUACAUCUCUCUCUCUCAAAAUAUCCACAGCUAGCAAAACACUGACAGCAAACUGUAUUUGCAUGCUAUCAGUUUGUGUGUGAAGUUCUUACCACUGAACCUUUUGUUUUUCUAUAUUUAGCCAGCACAGGGACAAAAGCAAGUUCCAGAUCAGGCCAAAUUUAGUGUGGUAAGUACUUUGAAGGGAGUUAUGGUCCAUUUACCUACAUGUGAGCCAUUUCAGAUCCCAUAUUGUACAAAAUGAUUCAAGGAGAAAUAAUUUCAGUUGCGACAAAAUGCUGAAAAGUAAAUACAUGUAGUACCAUGCAAAAGUCCUGCUGAGGAGGUUUCAUUUCAAUGGUCACACCAGAGCAUUUUGUCUACAAACUCAAAAGUUAGGUCCAGUUCAAGCGUCGCAUUUCUUAUGUGUCGAAUUUAAUACUGAUGAGAAAAGUCUCUUGUUCUUGCACAUUUGCAUGAGAUUUGGCACAUGAGAAAUGUGACGUUUGAACUGGUUCUUAGAGCUACAUACAUGUACUUUAUAAAUAGUAACAUGUGAAAGUCGUGCCGUAGUUAUUUCAUUUGAAUGAUCACACCAUGGGAUAUUUUAUUGAAGGAUGGCAUAAUGUAUAUUUUUUUAAAACAAAUUUGUCUCUCUCAUCAGUUCCGACAGAUCAUGGAAACACAGUUCCUGUCCUUCAAUGCAUCUGUGACUGUAACCAACUUUGAGACCCUCUCUGCUUGUAUUUUUAGCUGGCUGGAAGAGUACUGUAAACCUCAGGUUAGUGAUUCUAGCAAUUUUGAUUUUACCUUGUUCAAUUUUCUCUUAGUAUGGUGUCUGAUUACUGCUAAUUCAAAUGUCUUGAGAAGAACGUAAAAUGUACCAGUGAUAAACUGCCAUGGUAACAUCAACAACAUCAAUUAUUCAAGUUUCACAAGAGUUUAAUGGCCCAGCUCUCCCCGUUUGCGCUAUAGGAAGAGUGUGAAGAACGGUUAAAAAAAGAUGCUUGUUGUUGAUAUGAAGGCUUUAGCCCUUUCCCUCCCAAAUUAUAUUACCGGUAGUUGCUAAAUUAGAAAAUUGGCCAAAAGGUCAUUUUUUCUGUAAAUCCUAAGAGUUCAAAAGUUCUCCCAUAGAGGUUUAACUUGAAUGGUGAUAACGGAGAAUUUCAUCCACUAGCCUGCGUAGCAAGCUUUUCCGUGCUGUUUCGGAGUAAAGAAAGAGCGAGGAACGAGAUUCUCGGUUUUGGCCGCGCGAGAAAUGAAACGAGAGCUUAUUCGCGCCAUUUUUCGCGCGGUCUUUAUUGCGCGGCCUUUGACUCUCGAAACAGCACGGAAACGCUUGCUACGUAGGCUAUUCAUCCACAGAUUUGUAAAAUUAAGUUGACAAAUAAAGGCUUCAAUGCUUGAGCAAUCUAAACGGUUACUGCAAAACACUGGACAUUAACACAGCACAGUCAUACCUCUACUUUUACUGUACUCCACUUUUGGCACUUUGAGGUCAAAACUUUCCAUGAGAAUUCUCAAAACACCUUGCGCCUCUUAAAACAUGAUUUUAAACUACAAAAGCCGAGAUGUUUUUGAAAUAUUUUUCCGGUUUAUUUUCAAAUUUAACUGGUCAUAUACGACCUUUUUUGACUCUCUACGCGCCAACCCGGGGUUAAAUUUUAAUUCGGGUUUCUUUUUCUUUUGUUGAAAAGCAUUUUCUCGAAUAAUUUCUCUAUAUUUUUAGAGCAUCAAGGCAUCAAAUUCUAGACAAAAAUAAUUAGCCUGAAUUUUUUUUAAAGUUUUCAUAUCUCAAUUCAAAUCUCGCACUAACCCUGAGUUAUCUUAACCCAGCUUUGAACAACCCGGCCCAGGACAAUCAUAUUCCACCCACUUAUUACAUUCAUUUUGGAUUUUAUUCAAUUUUUUACAUCAGUAUCUGCAAGAGAUUGUGAUCAAUGCUCUAAAGAAUCUGAACAACCAGGGCUUACUACAGCAGUAGUGGGGCAGUUUCCUGUCGAUAAUCAUCAAACAACCGACAACUUCAUAAAGAAACAUAACCUGGUAGAUGUGAGAUAUGCUUUUUAAGAUACACUGAGGAAACAAGGAACAAAACCGCAGAAAUAUGCUAAAGAUGAUUACACGAGCAGGACAUAUCUAUUUUGUUACUGUUUCCAGUGUACAAUAGUAUAGAGAGUAUAGUAGAAAAAUAAUAAUGAUAAUAAUAAUUAAAUGGAGCAGAAUGCAGCCUGAAGGUGCUAGAUGCAUCAUAACUGGAUUGAUUCCGGAAGCGAGUGUACAUGCGUGUUAGUUAGCUACUGAAAAUAUCACUAGAGUCAACGUCUGUAAUGUGAACCCGUAUUAAAGUAACUGUCUCACGCAAUAUAGGCACGUUCAACACUAGGAACUGUCCACCAAAUUAACCAAAACAUAAAAAUAAAUGCGUAAAACGGAUAAUUCAACGCAAAGUGGAAUGUUGUUAAGAGAGGAAAAUUUCAUUGACGUAAAUGAAUUGCGCCACAAAUUAGUGAGAUUCUGCUCCCGAAAAAUGUUAUUUUCAUCCGCGAUAUAGUAUUAUGUUAUAUUGGUAAAAAUCAACUGAAGAAUGUUGCCCCUGUACUUCGAUUUUCUCUUGUUCCGAGAAUUUCACUGUUAGUAACAAGUCUAGGUAACUUACGGGAUUGACUUUCAGUGUAGCAAAAAAAAAACCUCUUUUCAAAUUAGACGUUAAAAGGAGCGGACUUUUCCUUAUUUGUUUUUCGUAACUAUCUAUGAAAUAGUUAGUUCGUGCAUCAAUUAAAUUGAUUAUUUGAGGUGUUUUUAUGGGACUUUGUUAACCAUCAUUUAAGACUGGUUUUCAUAUGUCGGGAAAAUCACAGACUGUCGGGGAUUUUAUUGUUUCCCGACCGUCCCAGAUUUUGCCGACUAAUGAAAACAUCCCCGAUCGUCUGGAAUUGUCGAGGACUAAUCUGGAGAAUCGGGAGUGUUUCUAUUUUUCCGGCGCGUCCCAGAUUUCUGCGAUGGUGGGCGAUUAUUCCCGACAAAUGAAACCUCAAAUUUGUACCGUCGGGGACGUCGGCGAUCGGCGAUGGAUUUCGGGGUUAUAUGCUUCUGAUUUCUCUCAUUACCAAUCCUCUAAAUUGCUGGGCUCCAGUCCUCCUAUCACAGAUAAACAUGGCGUCUCUGAGACAGGGACUUUGAUCCAAGAAUAAAAAUGAAUUUGCGUUCUUUCGGCGAUUAACCCAUCUUGCGAACCCUCCUGAAGGUCGGCAAGCUCAAAAGUUAAAUUUCCCUUUGAUCCUCCCUGGGAUUUUGCAAAAACCCGUGACAUAUGUGCUAAAACCAGGCGUUUCGUUGUCGUGUAAAUAUGUUAUAUCGGCAACAUCUUGCAGGUUUUCCAGCGUAGAAUAUGGAGGCUUAAAAAAAAGGCGUUUUCCAGCGUAGAAUAUGGAGUAAAAAAAAGGCGAAAAGAAACAUGAAUAAAAUUUUUACUCAACAUUGCCGUGUGACCAAGUGGUGUGGCCCCAAGUGUGUAAACAAUACAGAAGUCGUUACGUCACGUUGCCAUGGUCACAAAAUUUCUGGAUCUCAACAAACUGUGGUCCUGCAAAUAUGGCAGAAAAAAAGAAAAAAUGGACAUGUAUGAAUUUCCUGUCCAUGACCCCACUGAUAGCCCAUACAUUUCUUCCAUCGUUCGACAAUGCAAAUGGCCAUCUCUGUCAGGAAAUAUUGUUGAAAUCCAGAAAUUUUGCUACCAUGGUAACAUGACGUCACACCUUUCUCUUUAUAAGCCCUUUUCAGCUAUUCAUUCGCGUGGUACAAAACCGCCUUGCUGGAGAGCAAGAAACGCACUGUAAAUGACCAGCUGCUAAAGGCCUAAUGGAUGCAAAAAAAAGAUUCCCUCAUAAAGCCAGUCUCGACCCCAGUGCGUAUGCUUCCGACACCUCUUUUGUCCGUGGCAGUCAUGCGUGGAACAGCUCUAGGAUAGAUCAGAUUGCUUUUAAUGCGCGCUAUUACAAGCAUGCGCAAACGGAGAGUGUUGUCAUUCUCUUCGUCAUUCCUGACCCUAACGCUCUUCGACGCAUCAGCGAUAUCAGAAAUGUAAGCACCUCGGUUACACCAGGGUCGAGAAUGGAAUGUCAUAGAGGGUCCUUCUCGUGCGAAGACCAAUCGUUUCGUUUGCAUACGAGGACAGUAUAAAGUAUCAAGCCAUCUUUUUCGAGUCAUUUCUCCCGAGAGAAAAGAAAUUAUUGUUAUUCAUUAAGUUAUGGAGAAAAUAAGUCACUCUUUCCAACCCUCAUUUUAUUUAUUUAUUAUUUUAUUUAUUUUUAUUUACCAAAGCGGGCGAUUUAGACAACCCACCGUUACACAUACAAAUACAGUCAAGAAUGAAAAAAUAUUUGACACAUAUUUCAUUAUUCACACCCUCAAAUGACAAAAAUAUUCUCUAAAAAAAUGUCCGCAAUUAAAUACCACACUCCACUUGUUCAAAAGAUGCAUAACGCUAGCCUCCCACAGCAUACCGCCAUUUUUGUCUUGUAACGCAAGGGUCUCCUCUCUUUCUUUGGGGAGGAGCGUUGCGUGACGUGAAAAAAAACGGCUGCGUGGGAGACUAGAGUAACGAUAACCAUUGGAAAAAUCAUUAUCCAAUGAAAAAGCCGUGGGAAACUCAUUGCGUUAAACAAUGGAUAGUGAUUUAUCCGGUAGAUAGCGCUAUCAAACUAUUAAACGUCACUACCAAACCUUAAUAAAUAAUUAUAUAUGUUAUUCGUUGCACAAAAUUAUUACAAUCUGUGUUUUCCCUAGUACGUUACAGUACUGGACCACCAGAUUACGUUAUCUUUACACAAAAUUUUCCUCUGCGUAAAAAUGAAAUUUAUUCCCGAACUUCUCGAAUCAAGAAAAUCGAAUAAAGGACGCCAAUAAACGACUCUUCAAAAGACAUGCAACAUGUCGCCUUGUGUGUGUCACGCAAACAAAAUCUGUCCAGGAAUUAACAAUUUUUAAGAAAUCAAAUUUUAGUCUCUGGACCAAACUAGAGCAACGCGUCCAAAGGGAGAGGGGAAAGGAGGAAAGAGGCAGAGGGUACUGGGGAGAAUAGGAAAGAGCUCCCUCUCUGUUUCACGGGGGCGCUUUGGCGCCAGAGCGCUGCGGAGAGCUUUUCUCUCCCUUCCCGCCCUUUUUUUGGCGCCUGUCACGCAACCACCCCGUGUCUGCGUGGUUACACAGUGAUCAGGGCGGCAAAAGUCGCCGAAAGUUUGAUCUCUGCUUUAGAUUGGUCCAGAAACUGUACAACUAAACUGCUUGGGAUCUUUAGCGAUAUCAAUCAGCCUUCUGGCGUUUUCUUUUGGGCGAGGGACUCGCGUCUCCAUUGGUCUGUUCCAAGGUCUUCUUUAUGUACUUGGCUACAAGCCUGGCUGGUCUCAUUUGCAUAUCCUCAUGCUGUUCUUUGGUUAGAGUUACCUGAUCGCCUUUUAAUCGGUCCAAAAGAGUGACACACAAGACGGCAGCCGACACAUUUGCGCGAUUACACAUCGCCGCAAAGGAAGCACUCUCCAUCUCAAUGUUGAGCACACCAGCAUCAUGGAUUUUUUGUAGGAAUUUGAGUUUGUCAUCCAGUGUGUAGUCGCAGAAGGCUCCAUCUAACCUUCCCUGACCUGAAGGACAGUUAAUGAGGAAAAUCUGAUUUAAUUGUAGUUAGCAUGGAGGGUUUGAUUAGCCUGCGUAGCUGGCGGUUUUUUUUUGGGAAGAGCAAUGGAGGGAAGAGCUAGAAAGCGACGAAGCCAGGAGGAGAAUAUAAAGGCGGAAAGCUUGGUCGCUUGGUCGCCUCCAGUCAUGUCCAAUACUGCCGCACUGUUACGGACCGUUAAGAGCAGAUGACGGAACGUACGCCCCGUACAAACCGUCAGCAUUGCUAACAGUCUAUAUUGUGAGUAGAUACGAAGCGUUCAUCUCAUUAUUAUAUCAGGGCACAGUGCGUUACGGUUCGAAACGGUCCGUAUGCUUGAUUGAUACGGUCUAGACCUCUCGCGACUUCGUCGCUCGCGGCCAAACAAGGCUCGCUCCGCUCGCCAAGAGGUCGACUUGUAGCAAGUCUAGAUACGGUCGUAAAUUCCUCGUUAUCUAAGCCAUAAAGCAGAACAAGUACGCUCCAACAAUAAUAUUCCUCGUUCGAUAAGCCGUAAACCAAAACAAGCCCGCUCCAAAUCAAAUAUUCCUCGUUCUAUAAGCCCUAGAGCGAAACAAGCGCUGGGCAAAAGUAUAACAUUCCACGUUCUUUAAGCUAUAAAACGAAACAAGUGCGUUUCAACGGUACUAUUCCUCUUUCUUUAAGCCACAAACCAAAAAGAAAGACCGAGGAACGACGAGGAACGGGAUUUUCGGUUUUGGCCUCGCGAAAAAUGGAACGAGAGCCAGACUACUUUUGAGUACAUUUCGUUGACAUCACUUCACAACUACAACGCGAAAUUUCUUAACUCUACGUUUUAGGAGCAAGCAAACAAACGAUAACUAUAAUUUCCCUUUCUCUCUCUAAAUUGUGGUUCUUAAGAAUUUAACUCUGGAAGAGUUCACCUACAUUUGGAAAAGUAAGAAAUUAGGAAAAAUCGUGAUACAAGUUUUGAAAGAACACAAAAACACUUGUUAAGUGACACUUUCCUGUACCGGCUCAUAACCUCUCCCCGCAACGGCUUUAGAACAGCCCUGGGUACCCAACGAGAAUAUAGUUCAAAACUACUUAAACAUAGCAUUGAUUAACGUAUUUUAGUAUUUAAACGGUAGAUAUAGGCAUAUUUUUAUCUCCUAAAAAUUUUUCAUCUGUUCGGAUUUCCGAGCUGAAAGUCUAGUGAUCUGAAAAUUGUAGGGAUCAAAACUUACCUUUUCGAAAAUUUCAGCCAGAAAAAAGGCUCCCGAAAAUUCUAGGUGACCUUUUUAGCGUAAAAAACCGUUUAAAAUGGGCAAUUUUACCUUUUUUAUAUGUUCGAAAAUCCUAGGAGAGGCAAGCAAGCCAUGCAGAAAUUUUACAACAAAUGUUCCCAAAAUUCUAGAUCUCAAAUCGUCUUCCGAACAGAUAUUUUCCGAAAAUUCACCUUGGGUGCCCCUGUUUAGAAUCGAACCAUGUACAAACUGCUGUACUCACUAUAUCAUACUUAGCACGCCACGCGAGCCAUGCGAAAGAAAUUACAAAGAAAAUAGAAAAAGCAGUAUUACGGAAGAAAUAACCGAAAGCUAACCGUUGUAAAUGAGUGAUUAACCCUUAGCAGCGCUUAACCCUAGUCCGUAAUCCUAAUCCAUAAAAUGAGUGCUUAACCCUAAGCCGUAAAGGAGUGUCUUAAUCACUGAAAGUCGACCAAGACUCCGUAAUUCUGGUUGUUUACCAUUUACCACAAAUUCCCGGAAAUGCCGGUUGGGAUGUAAAUAGUAAACGUUUUUUUGGUUCGUCCCACUGGAAAAUUCCAGCAACAAACGGAAAUUCUGAAAAGGUAGUCCCGUUUUCCCGAUUGGGACUUUCCGAAUGGAAAUUCGUUUACCAUUUACAAAUUUCUUGAGUUUCGUACCAGUUUCAAGUUGUAACUAACAUCCAGUCUAGCGCGGCGCGACAAUCAGGAAAUUUUAGGCAAAUGGUAAACGACACGUACCGUUCUUACCGACCGAAAUUUCCCAACCAAAAUUUCCGGAUUUUUUUUUAUAAAUGGUAAACAACCUCUGUAAAUAUUCCAGCAGAAAUACCUCACAUACGCAUAGGGAACCAAGCAAGAAACAUUUUUCUUGUAUGUACACUUUCACAAAACUUUAUUUUUUUCCAUGGCUCGCAGAUUGCCCGAACCUCGUACUUGCUUUGUUUUCAGUACUGGUUUUUGUUUUUGACAUGUUUUGAGUUCUGACGCGGAUAUAAAUAUGCAUUACAAAUUACUUUGUACGAUGGUUUGUGAAUCUGGGGUACUUACCAUUUACAGGGGAAAACUGGAAAUUCCUGUUGGAAAAUCAAAUGGUUCGCGACAUUCCGUUGUGGAAGGUUCAGAAAAUAUGGGCUGUGAUUUGAGGCGACGCAAUUUUCUAAGUCUUUCUAGUCUGUUCGGCAAAUUUGGAUAUACUUUGUGACAGUUUGUUCUCCCACCACUAGCCUGCGAAAACAUCCGUUUCUCCUCAGCUGUCUCCUCGCUCUUCGCCGACGUUCCUCCGCGCGAAACGUCCCCAGCGGCGAAGAGCGAGGAUAAACGGAUGUUUUCGCAGCCUAUCCCACCACUUUAAAUUACAAGAUUUCCACGCGGGUAGUUUGUGUAAAUGGUAAGCAUGCCCCUGAUCAAUGAAUGCCCUAGGUACCGUAAAAUUCCGAAAAUAAGCCCCUCCAUGUAUAAGCCCCUCCAAAGAUAAGCCCUCCAAACUGGUAACGCGAAAAACCCUCCGUUAAAUCGCCCCUCCAAAUAUAAGCCCCCGGAGGCUUGUACUUGGAAAAUUGCCCUCAAAUACAAAGUAAAACAAUGAGCAAAAACGGUAAAUUUACUUCCAACUAUAAGGCUAGCCCAAUCGAGUUUGAAACGCAAAUUUCCCUCCGUAGAUAAGCCCCUCCGAAUAUAAGCCCCUCCAAAAACAAGCCCCUCAAAAAGAACAUUUGAAAAAUAUAAGCCCCGGGGCUUAUUUUCGGAAUUUUACGGUAUAGUAUGAACACACGCAGCUUCGCUCCGUUACAGAAAUCGCGCCGCCACAACAAUUUUAGCCAGUGUGAACAGAAGCCAGCUAUCCGGUAUGAUUUACGUGGCGAUGCAAAAGAUAGCCUUAGACUGCAGGCAGUCUCUUAUUUUUCUUUUUUGCAAGGGGUGAGAAGCCGCGAGAAACGAGAGCGGGGCUAGUGGCAUUGAGCAAAGAAGGACGACCGCUCGCGGUCUAUAAAUGCCUUCCUUCCAGCUCACCUUCAUAAAAGUCAUGUGUGCACAUGGUAUCACCCACAGCUGUCAAUAUAUCACCACUGCAAUCUAAUAACUCUUUCUGAAGCUGUUUAUCCAGCGGGGUUGGAAAUCUCACCACCUUGCCUAAGAUCACCUGAAAAACGACAGAAAACGACAGUGUCAAGGCAAGUUUAUUUGGUAAGAAAUAGAAAUGAUGUACGAGAAAAGGACAAAAAGAAGCAGUAGGGAGAGAGAGAGGCGAGCCUCCCUUCAAACCGUCCCCUGUCCCCUAAGUACAUUUGAUAAUCAUCCCCGGGCUGAGGACUGUGAACGGCCAGUUUAGUUUCAGGCCAAUAAGAGUGGUUAAAAUAGCCCUUGAUGAAUGCGGGUAAUGGAAAGCUACUACAAUACAUGGAAGCAAAUUGAAUAACCAUGAAUAAUCGAAUUGAAAAUCGACCUGCUCUGUCUUCAACUUUCUUUUUUUGUUUUUAUAGUUGUGGCUAUUUCUCUACAAUAUUAUUGAUCCACGUUAAAGUUAAUAUCAACGGAAUUUCCAUAUAAAGAAGGGUACAAACAAGGAGAUGUUAAGCCCAUGGGAUUCACAUUCCAGCAGCCCCAGGUUUGAUUCAACCCCUGAGGAUUUUUGGAUGUUGUAUUAUUUGUCUGAAAUUGUUUGAGUAGAGUGGAGGUCCCAUAAACUUAGAUAGACCAUGCCUUCCAAUAUAAACUAUACAAUACAUUUUUAACUUCAGUACAUGUACACUGAUUUGAACACUUACUUAAGAAAUACCCUUUGCUUUUAGUGGGAGCCAAAUGCAAGUAAAUGCCCACUUUUUACAUUUCAAUAAAGCAGCAAUUUUGUGUCUAGUCACAGUACCUGCUCACUGAAUGGUUCCAAAAGAGCAUUGACUGCUCUUGUUGUUAUGACAACUGUUCCAGGCUCCAAACCUUGGGAAGAAACAGAAGAGACUGAUCAAUGCACUCAGUAUUGCUUACAGCACCUGACAUAAUGUAAAUGGUACACUUCCAGUCUCCCCCUCCCCACUCCACACCUCAGGGAGAGGUAAAUGGUAAAUGGCAAUGUCGCAAAUAAGAGGACAACCGUAUUUGUCCUCUUUACAUGUGAACAAUAAGCCUGGGCAUAAGCAUCUACCACGAAAGAAAUAAAACCCUACAAAGAACAAGACAACAUUUCAUACUGAACACAACACAUCUAAAAUUCUUUAACAGGAGUAAAUUAAUGAUAACAACGUCAUACCUAGGCCUCCUGAUGUGCCAAUACGAAAGAACCUCACGUCUUGAGCUUCUGCAUAAUGCAACAGUUUGAGAGUUUCAUGCAUGAUAACCAUCAAAGAGGGAACUCCAAUGCCAUGCUUUGUUGGUCAGAAUACAAUACAAGAAAUCAAGCAGAAAAAUACAUGACACACAGUUAGUCAGGACUGUUAUAAAGGCAAGUCAAGAUGCCAAGCUGAUGUUUCAUAAACUCAAUCGUUACAUGGAAAAUGCUAGAUGCUAUUUAGAGUGACUUACAUUUACAGCUAAAACUGGUCCAACUUUGUACAAGACAUAGCGGUCAGACUUUGACAGGUUGCACGGUUCUUGAUCUGCUUUCAAGUAAUCUUUAAGUUCAUUCUGUAUAAACUUAGCAAAUUCUUUAAUGCGACUUGUGCUACCUCCCAUACACACAAACUGAAAGAGGAAUGGCAUAUCAGAAAAUUAAACCCCCGGAAGCAAACACACGUGACAGAGGCAGCAUGGUGGAGCACUUAAACUACUCCAAAUCGCAAGUCCCACCCUUACUACCGCUAGCUGGAUUUGUUCACAGCAUCCCCGAGUGCAAAUCCUAAACCACGUUUGUAAACGACUAACUGGUUUGCCUCUGGCCAGUUGGGAUUCUUAACCACACUGUUAAGUGUCAUUUAAAGUAUUUGUUUCAGGAAUUUGCUUGGCCCGUCCAGCCACUGGCAUCAGUGCUAUAAAUACUGCCAAGGGUAAAGAAAGGAUAUAUUUUUUUCUUUUUAUUAUUAAAAUUAUUAUUAUUUAUCACUUAUCCUCUUUGUUCAUUUUAGCUUGAGAUGGGGUCAUUGAAAGAAUAGUUUAGUUAAUUAAAAGAUCUGGUGUAUAUCAUACUGCCCUUCAGAUAAGAUCCUUUUUAACUGUGUAAAAAUGUAAUAUGGAGAAAACCUAUCCACACUAUAAAACAAUCUUUUCACUUGUGGUCUGAGUAUGAGAUGGGACAGGGGUGUCAAGGCCUUAACAGAAUAAACCCAUCCAUUUUUCUUCAAGUACACCCCUUCUGCAUAGUUUGAGGAGGGAGUGGGGUAGGGGUGUGGCAGUUGAAAGGCACAAGCAGGGUAGGGAAAAAUUCUACAGGAGCAAAUUUGGACAGGAGUUGUACAAUAAUGAUCUUAAGAUUGAGAGGUUAUUAGGGUAUCCCAAUGCAGGAGGAUCAUUAACAGAAAAAUGCACAUCAGAAGCAAUUGAUGUGGUUGUUAACUCAAUUAAAAUAAAACAUUGAAAAACAAAGUCCUUUAUAAGGGAUUUGUGACAUAAUGACUGUUCAUUUAAAGAAACAAUAGUUCCUCUUAAGGAAAAAAACACCUUUACCUUGACAUCACCAAAUACUUUUUUAAUGUCAAGAUCACCAACUCUGAUUCCAAUGUGAAAGAGAACGUCAUCAUCCAUCUGUUUUAGGUGAUCAUUACUCACAAACUGUGAGGCUGAUGAUGAGUCGGUACCCUUAAAUAAAUCAAAGACAUUCUGAAUAUGAUGGAUUUGUGGAAGAUACACACUUUAUUAUCCCUGAUGUCAAAUGUUGGUCUAUAACUAUUUCGUUAGCUCUUCGAUUUCUAGCUGGAGAAAGUGCUGUUGAUCAACAAAAUAUACCGUUGUUGAUAGUUUAAUUCUACAGAUUUGCAUUAAUUUGUUUGUUAAUUUUUUUUUCUAUGUGGAUAAAAUCUUAUGAUUUAUAUGCUUGUGUUAAGUCGAGGGAUCUAAUUUAAAAUGCAAAGCCUGUUUUCUUUAAUAUGACGCCUAUGGACAGCAGAAUCUCAAAUCAAGAAAGACUUGUUCAAACGAGGCUCCCAUGCUUACACUGUCCAGCUCGUGGCCUGCAGACAAAGCAUUGUCACCUCUUUAAACAAGCUUAACCUGUAGCACCAAAGAAUUAACUAAACACACUCUCCUUAUGUUAUUUUUAAAACUGUAUCGAGAGAGUCCAAGAAAAGAAAUAAAACAAUAUUAAAAAAACAACAAGGAAAUCUGCGUCCCAGCAUAAACGAGAACGCACACCCUAAUUACGCCCAUAAAGAAGUGCCAAUAUAAGCUUGCGUAAUAUAACUUGUACGAGGUCGUAACAUGCAUUAUGUUAACUCGUAAGACGUUCGUUUGAGUCGUUUUCUCCUGAUAAGAUGCUAUUUGAAUCCAAAAACAUGUGCACGUGGAUGAUAAAAGUAGUGUAAAAGCGAUUUUCGCUGUAUUUUUAAAAACGUUUUUCAAGUGAGGUCAAAGGCCAGGGCCCGGGGCACCAAACCAAAAAUAGACGUCUGGAAAAUCGAUAUUUAUCCAUUAUAAAACACCAAAAGUCAAAGAUCCUAUACAGCUGGAUAUUUGUUUUUAUAUAACGAUCCUUCUUAAUUGAUAUUUCUAGCAAGGUUAUCGCGUUAAAAGCUGGUGAAUCAAAGGAGCUAAGUUCGUCUUUGCAUGCAGAUGACAUUCACGCGGAAAUCGCAGCAGUUUAUAAAGAUUAGGGACAUUGCACUUACGUUUAGAUCCAUUUGCAGACGAUUGGGGAUGGCGAUCGUUUUGAACCCAACUGUGCUGCUAUUUUGCAACGCAAUCUACUUCUGCACAACAAAAGAACAGAACAAAGAAUGAACAAAUUUAUGCACAGUACAGUACAAAAGAGCCCCCGGUAAGCCGUUGCAAUACGUAACGACCGUAACGACCGUGACUCACGACUUCGGAACUACGAUCUCAUAGCCAGCGAUCGCGACCAUCUUGCGCAGGCUCAAGCGUGGGGUUUGGUUUCAGUCUUUUCAGGAGUUCGACUUAGGCGGAAGUGUAUUAUUUUAUAGUUUGCUUAAAAAGUCGACACAUUUCUUAGAUUGGAGAAAAAGAGUUCGAUGAUCUGAAAUACUGCAAGAGGAGUACAUCUUCCACGUUCAUCUACGUAGUUGUACGUUAUUUUCUCGUUAUUUUUAUUUUCAAUGAACUGUGAAAAGUCAGGUUUGAGUCAGGUUUGACAACUCGUAUGUCCCGUAAAAACGUCUGAAAAGCGGAAGUUACCAAGAUACUGUUGAGAACUAUUGGAAAGAAAAGGAUAUAUUGAAGCAAGUGAAACAUCUCUUUGUUGUAUUUCAAACAUGGAAGGCGAUGUGUUUGAUUUUCCAGGAGAAGAAGGCAAUGGAAAUGAUCUGGUUCCUAGUCGGGAAGCUCAUGUUGCUCUUAGGGAAGGUAAAGAUAUUAAAACUUUACCCCACUGUUCUGGGGUAAAGUGGCAAGGGAUGUACUUCUAUGUUUUGAAAAAAAAAUGCACCAAAGGGUUGCCUCCAUCUUAGAGUUACCCAAUAAGCAUUCAUUAUCACCCAACCUGGUCUCAGUUGUUCAAAAUGUUGGAUAUCACUAUCCAGUGGAUAAUUAUCAGGGGAAACCAAUUUCGUUUUACUCUGAAUAGUAACGUUGUCCACGUUUUGAACAACUGGAACCUCAAGGCAAUACGUACAGCAUCACAAAUGACUGACAACUGCUUUUAUUUCACCAAACGUAAGACUGCAUUCUUUAAUUAAAGAAAUAUGCGACGACAUAAGUUCUAGCAAGUUAAUGACUGUAGUUCCAAGGGCUAUCAUUAAGAGGUGGGGACCGGGGAUUUCCCCCGGCUACUAUAAAUGUGGCCCCCGGCGGCUUUCAUAGGAAAAUAGAAGAAAAAUAGAACCAAACAAAAUCCCUAGCUGUUUGAUUCCCUGCCAACUUGUUGUAUUUACCAGGCAACUUGAAAUCUUAAUGACAACCCUGAGUAAUUCCUUUAGUCUAUCAGUCAGUUCAUGUAUCAUUAAAAAGGUACAUGUAUCCUGCUAUUAUCAAAGAGAAACUGUGUUUAAAACAUGCAUAGCAAGUUGUUCACCACUGUUCAAAUCUUGUUUCUGGUGAAUAAAAAAAACUGAGUGAAGUUUCAUGAAUGAAAACAGCAAGAUGCCCUCAGUUGUUGUCUUUCAGUUUCUAACCUUCCAGUCUUUCAAUUUGAUAUUUUAAUGACAAAGCAUGCUUUUCUUUAUUCUGCUUGGAUGGUUGUCAAAUUGCACACAAUAAUUUCUUUAUGGUUCACAUGUAACAACGUCAUGAACUCAACAUGUCUUUCGAAUAAAUUUGAUAUUUUAAUGGACAAAAGUCUUGGAAUGCUUUUUUCAUUUUUAUUCUGCAAAUUGGAUGGUUGUCAAGAAAAUUUUGAAAAGGAUGCACUGUUUUAUGAGGGAACCCAGAAUGACAGGAAAAUAUGAAUAUUGUGUUAAUUGUAGUUAUGUGUGAUUAAAAAAUUUUCGCCUGGGUUAGUUGAGGACAAACUCAAUUUAGUUCAGUGAAAGUGGAGAUGUGAUGUUGCAAGCUAUUGGACAUUUACAAAAGCUUCAGCUAAACAUAGUCUGAGCUAAUAUGCACGUUUACUGCUUGUAAUACCUUAAUGCGGCUCUCUUUGGUCAGAGCAUUUACAGGGCUUGGAAUAACAGCCAGUCAACAGACAAUGUCUGGUCAAAAGUAGGCUUUAUUCAGCCAAAUCCCUAGAUGACUGGACACAAAUGUCAGAUAGUGUAUGUGUUCUUAUAUAGAUAUUUGAUGUAAUUGAUACUUGUCUAACCAAAAAGGGGUUGUGUCCGAGCAAAAUAGGCUUGACCAGACAACUUACCUGUGCCAACGGCAAAAUUUUUUCAAGCCUUGAUUUACUGAUCUUAUUAAAUUUAAAACUAACUUUACUGUCCAUUUCUUGAAUGUACAUCAUCUGAUCAACCAGCAUUCAAAAGUCUUAAGGAACGUUAUACAGAGUUGGUGCAACAGUUUACUGAAUUACAGACAAAGAUGAAAGUGAGAGAGAGAAGAGUUUACCAAGAGAGAGACGAACUGCAUAACCUCGUACAGAAAAGCUAUAUUGCUUUCAAAGAAAAGCAUGGUGAAAAUGAACAAUUGAAGAAGAUUAUACAAGAGCUAAAGGAGAAUUUAAGAAUGACACAAGAGGGUCUUCCAAAGGUAUUUGUGCACUCAUGGUGUAACCUAUUAAGGCAUACUUAAUUGCUUAGAGAAGACUUAUUCAAAAUUCCUUGAGCUAAAUGUUUGUGCUUAAAGGGGAUAUGUCACGUGGAUAUUGCUGUUUUAGGUCAAGUCUUUGCUUAAGUCACUACUCAGUGCCUUUGGGCCCCAUACACAAAAUGUAGCUCAAAAGUCAUCUUACCUGGGGGAGGUACUUUGGUAAAUUUUGGCUGGGUAUGUGCCUGUGGCCUGUCAGAGCCCCUACCCCAUUAUAGUCUAUUCUGUGGCCAAUUAUAGACCCCAUCUUAGUCACUUUUGUGCAAAUAUCAAUUUUCGCGAUCCCAACUUAGUCACUCUUUAUUUAUGUAUGUACCUUAUAUUGAAUGAAGAACACUUUGCUUUUCACCUUCAGCACAAACAUUCUGGUGCGUUUGCUAACCGUAUAAAUGAAGGACUGUCUUAUCCCAAAAUCAGAAAAUGUGCGACCCCAUUCUAGUAACUCUAUAGAAAAUGCGACCCCAUUAUUGUCAAGUAAGGAAGUAUUCGCCCCCGGGUUAUCUCAUCAUUUUAUCAUUCUCAGCAACAUCCUAACAUCUUAAUCUUUUUCCUUUAUUCCUGGAACAUUUGGAAAUAUGCGAAGAGCUUCUCGAACAGCAACGUCCAAAGAACAUGACUUGCGUGACGGCUAUUUUGUUCCAGAUAAACAUGCCAGAAUCUCGCCAGAACAACGCGUCAUCAAUAUAACCCGGAGUAGUCAUUCGAUAAAAAUCGGUAAAUCUGAUUUGAUUGAUGUCGAUUGUAACGAUCAAUCGGUAAAAAUCGAUGACACACUCGUUUCGUUUAUCGAUUUAUCUUGAUUUCACCGAUUUCAUCGAUUUAUAUCGGAAGAUACAUCUGUUCAUCUGUUCAUCCAAUGAUGAAAAUUGAUUUCAUGCCAAAAGUAGAUUUGUUGACAAUUGAGUCGCAAUUCAGUGAGAGUCGAAGGGUCAAAAAAAAGUCGGAGUCACUGUCUUUCCAUGCUUAUUACUUUUCUAAAGGCUUAAAGAACGACAAAUAUACUUCAGGCGAAUCUACUUAAUCCGGGCGAAUCUGCCUGAUAUCACUGCAAGCAGUCUAACGAUCGUUGCGAAGCUUUUUCCACAUAAUCGCUGCAAUCACUGACAAAACGUCAGACACCAGCCCUUAUUUAGAGGAUGUGAAUAAAAUGAAUCUUUAUUUCUUUUUUCUUACCCAGACUGAAGGGAAUGCCUCACGUCCUGGCUCAACCUCAGAGGAAGAAAAAGGCUCAGAAACCAAAAAAUAUAAAACUAUUAUCAAGGAGUUGCAGACUUUAGGACUAGAAGUAAUAGAAGAUGAGGAAAAGUUGUUUAUUAUUCUAACAGAAAGAGAUUACCUGAGAAAGUGGAUGGAAGAGAAAUCGGAUGGGAAUAUCGUAGUGAAAUUUAAAGGAACUCAUUUUGAGGAUACGACGACGGAAACUGAGGGGUUGCUGAUGAAAAACGAACAGGGAGAAACUGAAACUAAAAAGAUGCAAGCAGAGAUUAUUCAACUUAAGAAAAAAAUACAGGACCAAGCUGACGAAUUGGCUAGGUUUUAUAAAGUAUUCAAAGAAGCGAUGGAGCAGAAUUUAAGAUAUACAAAACAGGAAAAGGCUCGCGCUGAGGGUGCAAAGCAAGGUAGGUCUUGAAAAUGCACUCCGUGAGUUGUUAGGCCCGCGCUGUUCAAACGUCGAACUUUACAUGUGCCAAACCUAAUUGUUAGGUUCGGCACAUGUUAAGUUCGACGUAUGGCGGAAUCAAUUAGGAACGACAGGAACGACACUUUUGUAUUUGGGUCGACUCUGCCGUUCUAUUCGACUGAGCUUGUCGAAUAGAACGGCAAAAGGUCGACUUCAAUUCAUAGUACGUCGAACUUCAAAUGUGCCAAUCCUAAUUCAUAAAUUAGUUUACCGUAUUUUUCAAUAUAACCGCGCUUCUGAUUGGCUAUAUAAUGGGUUUUCGCGCCUGUGCGGACAGAACUCACAGAAGCGUAACGACUUUACCCGCAUUCUCGUUGUAGAUUUUUAGACUGAAACUGGACAGCCUAAUACGGUCUUCUAAAAAGUUGCUUUUCUUUAUAUCCAUAAAGAAAUCUUACUUUAUUUUAAAAUUUUUGGCGUCACUUUAUUUUGUCCAAAUGUCAAUGUGAUCCACGAUCUCCUCAGCUCACUCCUUGCUAUAACAGAACACAAAUCACACUAAAAUCAAAACAAGAAUUUUCAGGCUUGGUGAAUUUUAUUUUUUUGCAGUUUAUUUCCCUAUUUUAAGUUAAGAAGUAAGGAUGAUAUUUGUUUUCGCCGCGAAUUUGGUUCGGCACAUGUAAAGUUCGACCGUCUGAAUCAACCCGUGUAAUUACCUAAUUAUUUUUUGUUUCAGUAGUGCUGUACUUCGUUUUUCCUAAACCGCAUUUAUCUUUGUCGCAGGUUUGUCAGACUUAGCAAAAAAACAAGCGAGUGUGGACAAAAAUGAAUGGAGACCAAAGCAGACGAGUUCAGCCAAAGCUGAAUCACUCUUAGCUGCUGUAAGGACACAAGCAGCAGAAGUGAAACAAGCCAAACAUCAUGUGGAUAAACAAAACAAAAGCUUGCGCACAUUGGUAGACUUAACCGAGAAAAUCACUAAAGAUUUUACACAGUUGGUCACUUCCUCGAAGCCUCAAGAAGCUUCUGGCUCCCCAGGGGAAAAUGAAAGUUCCCAGGGAGCUGUAGGUGGAGUACUAUCCAUGUCCCAGGGGCAAGGAACGGGAGAAGAGACCUUCGAGCGCGUUUUCGAUGGCGACGCACCUUUAAGUAUUCCUGUUCAAGAGACGGAGUUAGACAGAUUACGAAACUCUAAGGCAAAGGCAAAGUUGGAGUUUUCCAGUGGUGCGAUGUAUAAUCCGAGAUUAAUUACAGGCGAAACCAUUCCAUCUCCUUCGACUCCGGGUAGGACGGUUCCCAUGGCAACUGGCGUAUCUGAUAGCACCUGGACAGGAGAGAGUGAUAUCGAGGUUAUUGAAGAGGAAGAAGAUUUCGUCGGUGCUGGCUUACCUCGAGGCAAAAUAUGUCCCGUUUGCGAUCGCUUUUUUCCGGAAAGCUUUAGUCAACGAGACUUUGAGAUGCAUGUCAACGAGCAUUUCGAUCAUAACACUUAAAAUAUCAACCUUCGAAUUUCGAAAUGAAGAGCUCUCGCAGGUUGUUUGGAGUGAAAAAUACGCGCCUUUGGCGAGGCGCGUUUUAAGAACAAAGAAUACUCAACCAGCGGAAUGUUCGAUAUCAUUAAACUCAGUGUCACGGAAAUUACGUUUUGCUGAUUACUCGCUAAGACACCUAACUUUUGUGUCCUUAAUGGUUCAUUUUCAUAAAAAAGCAAGUCAUGUGUAGGACAGCUUUAGAGCUGUUGUGGACCUGCAGCAGUAAUACACAAUUGCAGUACACAUACAUAGACGCACACAUGUUUUCAAAGUUAGCCUGUGCAGGCUCUCAUUUAGUAGGGACGUUGAGAACACAAAGGGAAAAUAGGACGCGCAUGAUCUUCCCCCGCGGAUCUUCGCUUUCCCCAGCUCCCGCCCCCGUGCGUUUUUCUCAUCAUUUUUCACUAACUCUGAACAUUGCUAUCUUGAAGCCCGAAACAGGCUUGUUUGAAGGUUGAUCACACUACCGUCGUCUACAAAACCCUUCCCCCACAACCAGCACUUUUCGAACGGUACCGUAAUAGAGCUGUGAGACUGUAUCUGCGGUUUUUCGUCCGUUAUCGGAGAGGACUAGCUGGUCUAUUCAUUGGUAGAUACAACAACAAUAGCAGUACAUGUUCCUUAUAUAUUUUAAUACACUGAUUGUUAGUUGAGCCGGGAAUCGAACCUAAAACUAGCCUUAAAACAAGUGACAAACCGCCACCAACCCACGGCUUAAAACCUACGGCCUGGCCAGUAUCUCACUCAUAUCACCGAAAGUAGAGUGAUUUUUCUCAGUUAGAAUUUUAUAUUUCCUGGAACGCCAAACAGGACGGCUUUAAUAUCACGUGAAUACUAGAAAGCAGAAUUAGGCAAGAGGCAUAAAGGGGAAAGGCUUGGCCGAAGUUUUUCAAGUUUAAUUUGUAUAGUUAAUAGCAUGAUUUUUAGUGAUAUUUGGCAUAAAUACCACGAAUCGUUAUACGUAAUUUGAGACAACUCUGAAAUGUCAAGAGUGGUAUUUAUGCCAAACAUCACGUACAAAUCAUGCCAUUAUUUGUUCAUACUACUACCUGCAAAGGUUUUGUAAUUUUCACAUGUAGGUAUUUCAAAUUAAGCAGAAAUUCCACUGCUCUAAGCCAAUCAAAUUGCAGAAAUUUCUUGUGUAGUAGUGUAAUAGGCCACUUGCUCUAAGAGCCCAUGUCACCAAUGCUUCCUUUAAACAAUGAGUUUGAAUCUUACUGAUGCCAAAAAUUGACAGAGCACAUAAAAAUAAUCAUACCCCCGAAAUUUGAGAGGAAACUCAUUUAAGGGAUAUAUUUUAUGACACUUUGAUUUUUCAACAAAGUAGUAUGAUUUGUAUUGGCCGCCAUGUUGGAGGGCAUGCUCUUGCCCUCCAACAUGGCGGCCAAAACUACUUUUUACUUAUAUCAUGUUAAACGCAUGAUAGUUGCGCUCAGAUGUGCUGUAAACGCUACCAUAUCAUCUUUUCAACAUUUUCCUUGAAGUUUAAGUGCAAAAUUUGUGUUCAGAAAGAGGUAAUUCAUAAUUUUAAAAAUCACAUUAUGGUCACGUGACCAGCUACGAACUUACUCACUUUAAAGGGAACCUCCACUCUUACUACAGAAUAAGUUUAAAUCGAAUAAAAUUAUGUUGAUAAACAAAUUUGUUCGAAAUUUGUCUUAAAAAAAGUGUUUAUAUCAGGAAAAGUGAAUUAAAAUUAGUUAGCUAUUAAAAUCGCUUAUUUUCACUUUCAAAUUUCGCGGGCGCCGCCAUCUUGAAUAAUUGUGACGUGUUAUGGUUGCUCUAUUGUUCUGACACAAAGAGCUUUUGUUUAAUAACAAUAGGGCAACCAUUACACGUCACAAUUAUUCAAGAUGGCGACGCCCGCAAAAUUUGAAAACAAAAAUAGGCGAAUCUAAAAGUUAUUUCUUUCGGAUACAAACGCUUUCUUUAAAAAUAUUUUAGAUUGACUUGACUGUAACAGUUAUUUCCUGUGAUUUAAAGUUAUCUUUUUGUUGAAGUGGAGGUUCCCUUUAAGAAAAUGGUGCGGGUGUGAAAAACCAGAUAACUAUUAUUUUGUUCAAGAUAUGAUCCCCUAAUCGUUUUUCGAAGGCAAAAUCAUAUAACUUUCAUUUUCAUAAAAACGAUGUUACAUGACCUCUAAGUGCAAAUGGCCUAUUGGACAGUUAUAAGUAAAAAAAAUACAUUUUUGUUGUAUAAGAUUAUUUUUACAAGUUGAUAAGUAUGCAGUGAGAGCUCUUCUGCGCAUGUAGAGGAGAGAGAUCAAGAGAGCUUACACGCGCAUUCCCAAGCCAGUAAGCGCUGGGCUCGACAAUGUACUAGUUCGUCCCGUACCGCACGGCAUGUGCGGCACUUCUCAGAUAAAAGAUUAUUUUUAUGUAGGUUGAAAUAAAGAUCAUCUCAGUCAUGCUAUCACUAAGGUCAUGGAGUCCUAUCCAUGCAGUUAAAUAUGAUUUAUGUAAUGGAUCACAUCACGUCGCAAGAUGUCCCCGUUUAUGUGCUGUUCGGUGGAUGCCGGUGAUUGUUGAUUUUUCCUGUGAAAGUAUUUUUUUUUUCGGGGUCGGGGAAGCGUUGUAUGAGAGGCUGUAGUACAUGUUGCAGUCGUACUUUGCUUUGAGAAGUGUUCUCAGGCUAUGAUAAAUAUGAGAAAAUCGCAAAUUGUCUUUGUUUCUAACUAGGGGAAUGGUAAUAUCGAAGCGAAGAUUAUUAACUUUCGUGUUUAGGAGUCUUACAAAUUGGAAAUAGAAAGGUAAUAGUAUUAGAUUUCAGAUACCGAUUGUUUAUUUUUUUGGACUAUAACAAAGCUUAAGAUAUAUGAUAUAGUCGUAAAAUGUAAUUGUACUCAACUCCGUAUGGGAAAUUUCUUCACUCGUUCAGAGGCGACUUGAUUUCGUGUGCUCGGCUUGUUUCGCGUGACUGCAUUUUCUAUAUAAACCGUAAGCGUCGGCGUGGAACCUGGAAUUCUCAUACUUUCCCCGGUUGUAACUGCUAGAACGGGGUUGCAACGGUCUGAAAAUUGUCACAAAGGGAUUAAGAGAUGUGAACAAAGCAGGAAUUAGUGCUAGAAAAGCCGGUUUAUUGUGGGGACUGAGCAUGAAGAAAUCAACCCUGCAGGUCAGACUAAAUAGGAGAGUGACCUUUCACCGCCGGAUUGAGGUCCCUUACUCAAGCUUUCUUUUUUAAAAUAAAAAAUGAAGAAAAACAGUCGUUUGCAAAUUGGCUAAUCGCGGCUUCGGUAUGUCCACGGAUAAAAAAGUUCCUAGGCAAGGAAGUAAGAAUUACACCAUCUAACAGCCGCUCGCGUUCCCCACCAUACCCCAGUGAUCUGUUACGUUUUAUUUCACGAUGCUAGGUUAUAUUUUUGGAAUCGAUUGCCAGACUACUUUGCAAGUGUAAGAGAAGCUUAUAAGUCGCUUGCCUGUCGAAAUUUAUGAACAAUUAUUUUUGAGUCCGGAUACUGGACCAGCUGUUUGGAUACUGGGCAACAUAGGAGCUCUGCAAAAAUGUUAAUUUCGCGAUGGAAACAAAGGGAAAAAAAGUUAAACUGUCUUUCGUCAUAUUAAGGACUAAAGAGAUUUUCUCUGGGCCAAAUUUCAGAGCUCUUCCAACUAACAAGGGGAAGUUAUUGCAGUGUUAAACUGAACAGUCCGGAUACUGGGCAACAUACUACAAAAUGACAAUACAUUACAAACGUAAGAGAAAAAAUGAAACAGCAACUUCUCGAUUAGUAAAAACUGUUUUUGUUGUUGUUGUUGCUGCUGCUGUUUGUUUGCCGUUGUUUUUUUAGUUUUUUUGUGUCCUGAAACUGCGAUUCAGACCAUAUGACUUUUGAAAUUUGGUAGUUUCGAGGAGGCCCUUUGCUCGAAAUAGUCGACUUUAGAAAGUGGGCACCCUUUUAACAGGAAACGUAAGAUUUUUUGAAAUUAAUAAUGGCUUCAUUUGCUUUCUUCGAAUUCAUGUAAACGAGUAAGUUAGUCUCAAAUUUUUGGUAGUUUGGUAGUUUCGAGGAGGCCCUUUGCCCGAAAUAGUCGACUUUAGAAAAUGGGCACCCUUUUAACAGGAAACAUAAGAUUUUUUGAAAUUAAUAAAGGCUUCAUUUGCUUUCUUCGAAUUCAUGUAAACGAGUAAGUUAGUCUCAAAUUUUUUUAAUUUUUUAAAAUUAAAUUAAAAUUGUGUUUUAUGUACUUCGCGCUCGAUUACCGGUCUGGCCACUUUCUCAUCCAAUCACCGUACAGAUGACGUCAGGUCAUAAUUUGGCGGACGUUUUCCCGGAAAAGUCCCGCACGAUUUGCGAUUUAAAACAAGAACGGGUUAUUCGCUUUGUGCGAAAUAUUUUUUGUCUAUCGUUGAAAAGAAGUUCUUAUCAACAAGCCUCUGCAUUUUUGUAGGGAAGUAAAGGGAUCUAGCCAAAAUGUAUUACGACCCGGAGGCGAACAAACAUGGCGCCGAUUAUGGCCCUUUUGACAACACGAUGGCUUUUAGCGAUGUUUCUAUCCGCGCAGGUAAAUCUCCGUUAACACUGUCAACAUCUUCGACGGACAGUAAUUAUUUUCGUCUCAUCUUAUUACUGAGUGGGUAUGUUUUCUCUUUUUUGCAGGAUUCAUCCGAAAGGUAAGUUUUAUCUUGAAUUUGAAUUUCAAAACAGCUGAGCUAGGAACAAAAUUGUCGUUUUCACCUGCUCAGUCUUGAGCUGUGAGGUGACCUGUUUUCAGGGUUAAUAUGAUGUCUUAAAAUUUAUUUUCGCACCAGGAAGUUCAUUUGAGUUAAGUUUCAAUUUCAAGUUUUUCGUUCUCCUUAUUAAAAGUGAAAUAAAGAAAGUCUUACGUUGAGCUGUGAGCUUAACUCUUAUAUUCAGAGCCUAUGCUUUGGUCUUAGUUUGCAGCUAAGUCAUUCUGAAGGUUGAAGUAUUACCGUUUAUCAAAACAAUGAUAAGAUCCUGGAUAAAUUUUAAAGAUGGUAGCGUACCUAUAGAACCAAUAAUCUUUUCGUUGAUCUAUAUGCAGUGUAUGUGUGCAGUAAUUUUUAAUAAUUAUUUCAUUGUUACAACCUGGUUACAACUUAAGUAGGAUAGCUAUUCAGGGCAUAAAAAUGUUUUUUUAUAACUUUAAGCUUGAAAAGGCCCGAUGAAAAUGAACAGGCUAAUGCGCCCAAAAGAAUAAACAAAUUUUUCGAGAAUAAAAAUAUGAACGGGCCAUUGGUAAAGUCUUUGAAAACAGCCAUAUCUCCUCGAUCCUCACCGCUUCACUAGGAGGGACGUCUGCACCUCAGGAAAAGAAAUUUCACACUGAUGGCGUAAAAUCUGUCCAAAAUCUGGUCAGGAGCUCUGAUUGGUCAACAUAGUAGUUAUUAUUGUUUUAGCGAUUGAUAUACAAACAACGGUCAAAAAACUAAGACAAGCCGUUCCAAUUUUUGGCGCUAAAUUAUGGAGAUUCCAGGUAGAAUGAUAGAUGCAUCAAAAAAGUGUUUUAACAAAAAUUAAUCAGUGUGUUCUUUGAAAUAUUAAAAGACAAAGAUGAUUACCUUGAUGCAACCAUGAUAACACAAGAAAUAAAAUCGCGAACUUCUUUCACAGGUUGCAUUAAACAAUUGAUCUUUCUUGCCUUUUGAUAUUAUUACACAUAUUUCCUCUUUUCUUUUUCUUUGCUUUUUACUUAUAUUUAUCUGUAAUAUCUGAUUUGUAAAAGAACUAAUUUAGCACGCCUCAACUACCAUUACUUUACCAUAAUCGACCAGGAGAAACAUAAAAUCGAACAAAUUUUCAUUUGGAACUCCAUGACUGCUAGAUUAAUUAUGUAAAUGCAGAUGUCGCUCCUGGCAAAAAAUUAUGUCCCUAACGGCAAGGAGUGAUGAGAGUGGGCGGUUGACAGCUGUUUUCACAGGCUAGCCCAUUGGCUACUAGAUGAUUGUACUUCUUGGAAUAUGGAGACAAAAAAAUUGUCCUGAGAAAGGAGGUAGAAAGUUAUAUUCACGCUUGUCUCAUACAAAUAGGGUAUAUCCCCAAAGAUGGUUUACAUAUGCCACAUAAUGACAAAGCGACAUAAGCAGGGUGUUGUGUCCUUCUGUUUGUAGUGUGAACAUGGGCAUAACAACAUAAUAGCAACGUGAUGACUUGGACAUAACGACAUGAGGGCUUAAUAGAGAGGGGGGCUUAUUAACUUUCCUCCUCUGAAAAUGGGGGGGGUCUUAAUAGAGGAGUUAUGGUAAGUUCGGAUGUCAGCUUUCAGAGGGGCCACUGCCAGCUGCUGGUUUUUGGGUUGUUCACAUCCCUACCUAUGAAAAUAUAUGAACUUUGAAACUGCCACUCAAUUCUGCUGAGAUUUCUUUCAGGUUUAAGAACUGAUCACCUAAUCUAACCCUAAUCUAAUUGUCUUCAUUUGCUUUUGUUGUCAACCAUCUGAUUAAACUUUUUGCUUCAGCUGGAGUGCUCUGGAGCACUCAUGAAAACCAUUGUAAAUAUUGACACAAUUCAUGAUUUAAUGUUGUAGGUCUAUGCCAUACUUCUCUGUCAGUUGGCUGUCACAAUAGCAUUUAUCUGCUUCUUCUUGUAUUGGUAGGUUCAGAUAAAAAGAAAAAUUGCUUUUAAAAUGCAGCUUAUCAGAUGUUUUGUUCAGAUGUUUAUUGUCUGGUGGUUAAUAAGUCUAAGGGUUCUUUUGAUACAAGAUAUUCUGGAAAAGCUCCGUGUGCUGCCAAAAAAAUUUAUAAAAUUAUAAGGGGGCUUGAAGAAAAAUUGAAUUUCAGAACUACAAGCAGCUGGGCUCAAAUUUUGCUUGCCCAGGGCAGUUUCUUCACCCAUGUGUAAUGUCUUAGUUUAUCAUUUAGUUAGAAGAUGACUUAUAGCUGGGCCUUGUCCAUGGAGCAAGUGAACAUGAAAAGUUACUUGGCUGGCAGGAAAAUCUACUUGUCCAGGGUGAACUUUCAUCCGUCUCAGAUUUUCUUCUUGUGACCAAGAAAAUUGAGAUAAUUGGUAUGAGUUAAUUUUCAUAAAAAGAUAAUAUUAUUAUGUACUUCCAUUUUGAAACUAUUACUGAAUUUUAUAAGGAAAGUGCACCCUCGAGAGAGAUUUGGAUUUUAUUAGGUGAAGAUGGGGAAGAAGAGGAUGCUGGUGCAAGUAAUGGUUAACUCUUUGAUUGAAGAUGUAGAUGUUUUGAUCAAUAUAAUUCUGAAAUGUUUUAAUAAUUUAAUUUCCUUCUUGUUUUUUUUGUAGUGAGCCAGUGAAAGAAUAUGCUCUUAACCAUCCAGGAUUAUUUUAUGGGGCUAUGUAAGUAUAACCACCUGGUAAGCUCAGCUGGGUGAGCACCUGUCUGCUGAGUGGGAGGUUGCGGGCUCAAAUCCCGGCUAGACCAACACUCAGGGUGUUAAAAUAACUGAGAAGAAAGUGCUGCCUUUGUAAUGACAUCUGCGAAUGCUUGGAUGUAAAACCAAAGGUCCUGUCUCACAGCACUUUCAAUUGGUUUUUGUGGGACAUAAAAGAACCCACAGAGUCAGUUUCGUGUUGUAGAUACCAUAAUAAGAUUAUUCUAACUACCGGUAAUAAAGAUUUUAUUGUUAAUUUUAUUAUUUGUUGUUCUCACUAUUACUACAUAUUUGUUGUGAUAAUUAUAGUGAUAAAAAGGGAUUUUUGCGUUUUUUUAAUGCUGUACUCAGGGUUCUCAUUAAGUGCCGGCAGCUGGCUAAAAAACCGGCUACUUGGAGGUUUGAGCCGUCUACUUUUUGGGAAAAAAGGGUAAAGUGAGAGAGUGAAAGCCUGAAAUUGCUUACAAGACUCAAUUGGCAAGCCGCCUACGUUUACAUCCUAGCUGUCUACUUUAAAGCUUAAUGAGAACCUUGACUGACAGUACAAUGUAUGUAUGUUUUGGUCUUUUUUGUUUGUUUUAGAGCUGUUACCUUUGUCACCAUGAUAGCAAUGGCGUGCUGUGAAAGUGUUAGGUGGGUCCUCUGAGACAAGAUACAUUCUGAAACUGGUAGAAAAUACCUGACUUGUUUAUGUACUAUUAUAAUAGUUAUGUUACAUAGAUUUUCUUUUAAAAUUAAGUAAAUUUUAAUUAAGGUCAAACUGAAUGUUACUCUCAAUAUUUUUGAAAUUGAAAAUUCAGUUGAAAAUAUUUUCAGCCUAGUUUGAUAAUUUUGAUUGUCUCAUAGCCCUAAUGUUGUUAUUGUUAUUAUUAUUAUUAUUAUUAUUAUAAUUAUUAUUAUUAUUAUUAUUAUUAUUUAAAACCAUUUAAAUCCGAUUUUCUUUUUGAAGCACAAUGAUGUACAUUAAUUUUACUGUUUUUUCUUGGUAUUUGUAGGCGGAAUUUUCCAACUAACCUGAUCUUUCUGUCCAUUUUUGUAAGUAUUUCCUAGUAUAAUGUCUAAUAACUGGUUUAAUUUAAAUCAUAAGGUGGUAGAUCUGUCCCUUUACUUUUCAACAGUCAAAUGUUCUUACUAUGGACGCCAUACAGACAGAGUCAAGUGUCCACAUUAUUUAAGUGCAUGUAUGCCUGUUACAGCUGAGGUGGGAAUUGUAUAAAGCUUCACAGUGAGUUUGGGAAAUUUCAGGGAGGUCUUCAAAAUUUCACAGUUCAGCAUUAAAUUAACCAGUUAUCAAAAUAAUAGUAGUACUUAAUGAGAAGUAGUCACUAUCUCCUUUAUUGCAUAUUUUGUUAUUAAUUUAUUUUGAUAAUGUUAUUUAUGUGUUUUAAUAGACUCUUUGUGAAGGAUAUCUUCUUGGCGCUGUAUCAAGGUUAUAUUCUAUUAAUAAAUUAUAAACUGCACUUACUUUUUAACAAUUUUUUGUCAGGGAAAAUAUUGCUUCCUGCCCUCUUUGAAGGAAAUUCCAACAUUAAACUUACCUUCUAAUUUAUAGACUAUGAGUCCCUCUUUUACCCUUAGGGAUAGUAGAGCACUCGAAACGCGAGGGCACAUGAAAAUCACCCCACUUGAAAAAGGCGAGCCAUCGCAUCUUGCAUUUCUCACGUGGGGUGCUUUUUCAUGCGCGCUUGCAUUUUGCUUACUCUACUAUCCCUGAGGGAAAAUGAAAGACUACUCGUAGUCUACUCUUUAAUUCUAAUUUCAUCUUAAAUUCGACAGUGAAACCCCGCCUCAUGGCCACCACGUUAUUAUGGCCCUUUUUUUUUGCCGCCUGACAAAAACCACCAUACAUUGUCUUGUAAAAGGACCCUCAUUAAUAAAGCCACCCCAUUAAUACGGCCAAAUUUUUUUGGCCCUAUCGGUGAUUUUAUUAACAGGGUUCCACUGUGCUUUGAUUUCAUGUUAGAUCUACUGUCUUUGAUGAGCUUCAUUUUGUCUGUGCAUGUUAAAGUUGUAUCAUUGGGCAGUCAAAUACAGUUGUAUCCACGUUGUUGUGUUUUAUACUGUGUAAGGGAUUAUUGUUCCUUCAUCUUCAAAAAGCCCUGUUUUGUGUUUUUUAGUGUGUAUGACAAAGAUGAGGUUUUGAUGGCUGUGGGAAUUACUGCAGUAAGUUUUUCUUUAAUAAGAUGACUCUUGUUGAUUCUGUAUAAGCAAAUUCUUUUUUUAAAAAAGACUUGUCUAAAUGCCAUAAACUGGCUUUUCAGUUUUACAAAUGUAAUUUGAAUCGUUUUUUAAUUUAGUUUUUGUUUUACAGGUUGUUGUUCUGGCAAUCACCAUCUUUGCAUUUCAGACAAAGGUGAGGAAGUAACCGGCACAGUCCUUACAAUAAUGAUAAUGGUGGUGGUGUUUGUUGCCAUCCAGCGGCACAUCCCCAGUAGGUCCUUAUAAGGAAGUACCCCCUGGGCUGGCACCCAGGGUGAAACUCGUAAUGAUCUGUGAAGGAAAAACAAAGAGAGAGAUGGAUGUUUACAGAGUGUUUCUCCCUUAAUUGUUCUGUAUUUAAUUUCUUUCUGUUAUUAGUAUGACUUCACCAUGAUGGGAGGAAUCCUGUUUGUAGCUCUGAUUAUCCUCAUCUGCUUUGGAUUCCUGAUGAUCUUCUUCCAUAGCCGAGUAAGUACUAUAAUAAAGUGAGUCUAAAUUUUGUAAACGCGUAUACUUUAAAGCUUUACCGAUUGUUUCAUUUUCUUAUGUUUUUCCAGGUCCUGUCAAUUGUUUAUGCUUCACUUGGAGCACUGAUAUUUGCUGUGGUAAGAUUUGAAAGCGGUUGAAGACACUUAUCCGUAUAAUCAUAACUAUAACAAAAUUCUUAAAUCUGAUUGGCUAUCAACUGCCCUGAUUUCAGCCUUAAUAGGACAGUUAAAUAGGACAGUACGCGUCAUGCCUAAGUAAUUGGAUAGUACGCACCAUCACGCGCGCGCUUAAAUGGCUUUUUUUUUGUCACUGCUAGCAAAAAAAAUCUCGGAAUUUCUUGUGUUUUGAUUCAAAAAGGAGCCUCAUGUGUCACAAAUUUUGUUAAAGUUAUGAUUAAUUGGUAACAGAACUUCGUGUCGUCCAAUUCAGUCUGUAAUCAUACUCGUGAUUAAACAAAUGGGACUCCCGCUACGCGGUCGUCCAAUUUUGUUAAUAGGGACUUUAAGAUCCAACGACGCGACGGCGACAAGAACGUCGCUUAAAAAGUGAAUUUGGGCUCUUUCAGUCCUUAUAGCGAUUAUUCCUACCCACUUAAUUUAUCAAUUGUAGGCGAACCCUCCUGAAGCUGAAUUUCAAGGGACCAAAUUCAAGCUCAGAAAGAGAAAUAACGUUUCGUCGUUGCUUGUUUACGUCCUCCAUAAAACGCAAAAUUAGGCAUUUUCACGUCGUAGUCGUGCAAAAACGGGAAAGAAAUGUACAAAAAAGUGUGAUGCACGUGCGAAGUUGUUGUUUUGCUAAUUAAACCAAUUGUUUUUUUGACGUU